GUGGGCGCAGAUUCCAAAAUGGCGACUCGUGGAGUAUCUGGACUUUCUCUCUUUCUACGAGGGACAUGCAAAAAUUACAAGGUUUCUGCAUUGAGAGGGUGUAGUCCAAGGUAUUGCAACUUGCAUACUUCUCCAAUAUCCAAAGAAAAGUACUUUGACAAGAUCCUUAUUGCAAACAGGGGAGAGAUAGCAUGCAGGGUAAUGAAAACAUGCAGACGUCUUGGAAUCAAGACUGUUGCUGUAUAUAGUGAGGCMGAUGCUGAUUCACUUCAUGUAAAAAGUGCCGAUGAGAGUGUAUGUGUCGGGCYACCACCAACAAACAAGAGUUACCUUAACAUGGAUGCAAUAAUGGAUGCUAUACAACAAACUGGAGCACAAGCUGUUCAUCCUGGAUAUGGCUUCCUUUCAGAGAAUUUUAGAUUUGUAGAAAGAUUGGACAAAGCAGGAGUUACUUUCAUAGGACCAUGUACCUAUGCCAUGAAGUGCAUGGGUGAUAAGAUUGAAAGUAAAAUUAUUGGUAAAAAAGCGGGAGUUAACAUAAUUCCAGGAUAUGAUGGAGUAGUCAAGGAUGUUGAUGAGGCUUUAAAAGUUGCCCAUGACAUUGGGUAUCCUGUGAUGCUAAAAGCUUCAGCUGGAGGAGGAGGAAAAGGAAUGAGAAUUGCCUGGAAUGAUGAUGAAACCAGGGAAGCUUUCAAACUCUCUUCACAAGAAGCCUUGUCAAGCUUUGGGGAUGACCGUCUUCUUGUUGAGAAGUUUAUCGAUAAUCCACGACACAUUGAAAUACAGGUUCUAGGAGACAAGCAUGGGAAUGCUAUAUAUCUCAAUGAAAGGGAGUGCUCYAUUCAGAGAAGAAAUCAAAAAGUGAUAGAAGAAGCUCCCAGUCCAUUUGUUGAUCCAGACAUGCGUAAAGCAAUGGGUGAACAGGCUGUAGCUUUAGCUAAAGCUGUAGGCUAUGAUUCAGCAGGAACUGUUGAGUGUCUUGUUGACUCAAAAAAGAAUUUCUAUUUCUUGGAAAUGAACACACGCCUUCAAGUAGAACAUCCAAUCACAGAGAUGACRACUGGAGUUGACAUUGUGGAACAGAUGAUUCGAGUGGCUGCAGGGCAUCCUCUUGAAUUGAAGCAAGCUAAUGUACCUUUAAAAGGCUGGGCCUUUGAAUGCCGUGUUUAUGCAGAGGAUCCCACGAAAAACUUUGGUCUUCCUUCCAUUGGCAGGAUUUAUAAAUAUAUAGAGCCUACGCAUAUCCCUGAUGUACGAUGUGAUAGUGGCAUCAUUGAAGGCAGUGAAAUCAGCAUCUACUAUGACUCUAUGAUUUGCAAGGUAACAAACACUAAUUAUAAUGAUUCAUCAACCACCAGACUAAAAAAACAUCCAUAUUAUAGUUUUAGUAAUCUCUCAGUAUCAGUUGGCAAGUAAACACAUCUCCACCAUUUCCUUCACAUGCAAAUUUGUUCUACCAAUGACGUACUGGAGA